GAAAUUAUUAAUUUUAUUACAUAAAUAUUGCCUCAAUUUGUUUCACAUAUUAACCAGCACCAUAUAUAUGCCAAUAGAUAAUUAUUUACGAUGAGUACGAAAAUUAUCAAGGCAAGCGCCGGUGAACCCGAUGUUUUCGAGACUUCGAUCUCGCAGGCGCUGGUCGAGUUGGAAACCAACUCUGACCUGAAGGCGCAGCUGAGGGAGCUGUACAUUACAAAAGCUAAAGAAAUUGAACUGCACAAUAAGAAGUCAAUCAUCAUUUAUGUGCCCAUGCCCAAGUUGAAGGCGUUCCAGAAGAUUCAGAUCAGACUGGUCAGGGAAUUGGAGAAGAAGUUCAGUGGUAAACACGUUGUUUUCAUUGGUGACCGGAAAAUUCUCCCCAAGCCCAGCCACAAGACGCGCGUCGCUAACAAACAAAAGAGGCCGCGCUCCAGGACACUGACCUCAGUGUAUGAUGCUAUCCUCGAAGACUUAGUGUUCCCCGCUGAAAUUGUUGGCAAGCGCAUCAGGGUCAAGCUGGACGGCUCACAACUCAUCAAAGUGCAUUUGGACAAAAACCAACAAACCACCAUUGAACACAAGGUGGACACUUUCCAGUCUGUAUACAAGAAGCUAACAGGACGCGAAGUCACCUUCGAGUUCCCCGAACCCUACUUGUAAAUUAGACUAUGACUUUACAAUAAAAUAAACCCAUAAAAAUCUAUAAUUCUA